AAAUGCAAGAAGAUUGCUCAAAGUACAGAUGAUGUGAUAGUGAACAAACCUCAUGUUUCUGAUGAAGAGGAGGAAGAACGUCCUUUCUAUAAUCAUCCUUUUAAGCUCAGUGAACCCAAACCUAUUUUUUUCAAUUUAAGUACUCCCAGCAUAAAACCAGCACCACCACCACAACCAAAAAAUCAGGUCAGCCUGUCAAAGGAAUUUCCUGUUUCAUCUGGGUCUCAACAUAGGAAAAAAGAAGCAGAUAGUGUCUAUGGAGAAUGGGUUCCAGUUGAAAAAGGCAAAGACGAUGGCAAGGAUGAUGUUUUCCCCAAACCAUCCAUUGAGGGCGUGGACAUAACUACAGCUAUGAAUGACCGAGCAGUGGCUCAGAAAAGGCUUAACGAAAACACGUUUGAUCUGGAGGCCAUGUGCAUGUUAAAUCGUGCACAGGAGCAGAUUGACGCCUGGGCUCAAUCAAACCACAUACCUGGCCAAUUCACAGGAAGUACUGGAGCACAGAUACUGUCCUCAGAUGAACUGUCCAACAGUGGUCCCCAAGCAUGGAUUAGAAAG